UCAUUUCUUAUACAGAGAGGAGAUCUGUGGCUGGGACCUGAAUCAUGGCUGAAGAUCUGGUUCUGGAAAGCUGCGACUUGGAUUGCUCCAGCAAUAACCGCAGCCACCACACGGCCGAUGCUGGCUGUACGAAGCUCAUUGUCCGCAGGGGACAGGCCUUCCAUGUCAAGCUCCAUUUUUCCACCCGGGGUUACGAGGAAGGGGUAGACAAUCUGGCGAUCAAUGUUGAGACAGGUCCACAGCCUUCUCAAGAAUGCGGAACCCAAGCUCACAUUCCGGUGUCGGACUCCCUUCAGGAAGGAGCCUGGAGCGCAGCUGUGAGUAGCAACGAUGGGAAUGAGCUAGUACUGUCAAUCAACUCUCCACCUGAUGCACCCAUUGGCUCCUACAACUUUUCACUGGAGGCCUCCACAGGAUACCAAGGAACCAGCUUCCAUCUUGGGACUUUCAUUUUACUCUUCAACCCAUGGUGUCCCGAGGACACUGUAUACAUAGAAAAUGAGGACCAGCGAACAGAGUAUGUGGUGACCCAGUAUGGAAUCAUCUUCCAAGGCACGAAGAACUCAAUAAACAGUGUUCCAUGGAACUUUGGUCAGUUUGAAGACGGCAUAUUAGAAGCAUGCCUCCAGUUACUGGAUACCAACCCUAAAUUCGUGAGAGACUCCAGUCGGGACUGUUCUCGACGGAAUGACCCGGUUUAUAUCAGUCGUGUUGUGAGUGCUAUGGUAAAUUGCAACGACGAUAGAGGAGUGCUCUACGGCCGCUGGGACAACCAGUAUGAUGAUGGCAUCAGCCCCAUGUUCUGGAUAGGCAGUGUUGACAUUUUACGGCGGUGGAGGAAAUUUGGGUGCCAGGCUGUGAGAUACGGGCAAUGUUGGGUUUUUGCUGCUGUGGCGUGUUCAGUACUGCGUUGUCUUGGGAUCCCAAGCCGUGUCAUCACUAACUACUACUCUGCCCAUGAUACUAACAGCAACCUGUUGAUCGAGCAGUACCUGGAUGAACAAGGCAAUAAGCAGAAGAAACAGAAGGACAUGAUAUGGAACUUCCACUGCUGGAUAGAGGCGUGGAUGGCGCGUCCAGAUCUGGGAGGAGGUUACGACGGGUGGCAGGUUGUGGAUCCAACCCCACAGGAGAAAAGUGAAGGAGUAUACUGCUGUGGCCCAGCUCCCGUCAUCGCCAUCAAGGAGGGUGACCUGGGUAUGAAGUACGACGUUCCAUUUAUUUUUGCGGAGGUGAACGCAGAUGUGAUUUAUUAUGUGGAGCAGAAGGACGGCACGGUCAAACAGACUGUUUCCACUUUUCAAGUGGGUCAGAAUAUCAGCACAAAGGCUGUGGGACGGGACAAUAGAGAAGACAUCACACACAAUUACAAAUACCCAGAGGGCUCUGAGGAUGAACGAAGGGUCUUUGAAAAAGCAAACAAGCUCUCUGGGCUGGAGAAGGAAGAGGAAAGGGGGGACGCCUCUGGAAUCACCAUCAAGAUUAAAGGUUCCGAAGGGAUGAACAAAGGCAGUGACUUUGACGUGUUUGCGGUGAUCAACAACGGCACAGAACAGGACAAGGAAUGUCGCCUGAUGUUUUGCGGUCGCACAGCCAGUUAUACUGGAGAUGUCGGCCCACAAUGUGCGAUGAAGGAUCUUCUCAACCUCAAGCUGGAGGCUCAAUCAGAAAAGAAAGUACCUCUGCGGCUUAAUUAUGAGCAGUACGGGUGCAACCUGACAGAAGACAACCUCAUCAAAAUGAUGGCUCUCCUGCAUGAUUAUUCAACGAAGGAUAUCUACCUGGCCACGAGAGAUAUUUAUGUCAAGAAUCCGGACAUCAAAGUGAAGGUUAUGGGGGAGCCCAUGCAAAACCGGAAGCUGGUGGCUGAGAUUUCACUAAAGAAUCCUUUAAAUGAACCGAUAACCGGCUGCAGCUUCUCCGUGGAAGGAGCCGGUCUGAUAGAGGGACUCUUGGAGAAGACUCUCGACUGCCCCGUGGAGCCCGGACAAGAUGCGAAGGUCAGAGUGGACCUCCGUCCCCAACAAGCCGGACUGCGGAAGCUAGUGGUGGACUUUGAGAGCGACCGCCUGAAAGCAGUGAAAGGUCACAGGAAUAUCAUUAUCGCGCCCCAACCCAAGUGAGAGGCUAUGGACACUGUUGGGGGUAGGAUGUCACCCCCCCCCCAUUCAACAAGUUACCUGGCUAUCCUAUAAUGUGAGCAUUUUGUAAACCUAUAUAUACAUAUUUAGUACUAUCCACAUCUUAAGUCUUCACACCACAGAACCUGUAUAGUAUAAACUGUCCAUAACUCUGCCAUAAAGCGAGGUGGCUGUGCACAGGGGGUUAAAGACCUCUUUGCUCUAGGUCAAUGUCUUACCUCCAGCCUUUUACUGUGUAAAUAUUUUGUAUCCAUGCAUUAAAAACACAAUUUCUAUGAAA